AUGCGUGCGUUGGACGCGGUAGAAAUAGCAAGCUGUUGCACCAGCAGCAGCCAGUAUGUGUCGUAUGAAAAAGCCCAAGGCAGCAGCAGGAGCAAGGCGGACCAGGGUGCGAGGUUGAUAUGUGGCACCAAAGGUUCAAUAUGCACUGAAAAAGUCCCAAGUCAAAUUGAAUAUGGCACCGUUGUGAUGAAAGGUGGCAGUGGGCAGAUUGGGGGCCGGAAGGAGACGGAUGCCUCGGAUCUUGGUUGA